CGUCACAUCUCUGGAGUGGAAGGUGGGCCAUACAAAAUUCUUGAAUGCAUCUUCUCCAUAACUGAACUGCACACUGCAGCACUGGAGAACUGUUGAACGGUUACAUCUACAUCCAGUUAGCUGGAGACUAUAGUAGCGUUAUCGUUUACUUGUGAUGUAAGCAAGUUGUUAUCGUUAUUGCUGAUAACACGUACUGCAUUUCUAUAUGUUGUGUUGGUCAACACAAGAAACUAGUUUUUAGUUUGUUACCAAUAUAAUUCGGUGUUUCUACAUGUGCUCGUGAAAUACUAUGGAAGUUUCUUAUAACUUAAAUUACUGCUUGCUAAAAAUAUUGCCAAUGAAUUCGUGUUCUGAUUCAAAACUUUACUAUACUUUUUUGAACCAUCAUCUCAUCAAUUAAUAAUCUAGAAGGAACUAACACUUGUGGAUAAAGUUUUAAGCCAGCUCUUUAGUGAACUUCCUGUCAUUCAUAGUCGGUUGCACCGAUCAUAUUGAAGAUCAAGUGAAGCAAGGUGAUGUAGGGAAGCAAGGGGAUGGUGGCCUUGUAGGUGGGCGGUAUGGAAGCUGCCAUGAACAUGAGCAGUGGCGCUCACGCGCAUGCGCAGGUGACCCGCCACCUGUCGGUGACUGGCCAGGCGGUUAUCACCUGCUUCUACGCGGCAGGCCUGGCUGGCAACGUGGCAGCACUGGUGAUUCUGUGGCGCGGCAACUGGCAACCUCGCAACGCAUUGCAUCGACUCAUGUUGCGCUGCUUGGCUGUCAACGACCUGACAGCACUGCUCGGCAUGACACUCCAAAUGCAUCUGCAGCUGUAUGUAGCCGGAAUCGCCAGUCAGCUGUGGUUCUGUCGCUUUCGCGUGCUGUGGAGGCUGUUCGGUCUCGGGUCAGGGUGUGUCGCCAUUGUUAUGGCCAUUGAACGCUGGUUUGCGCUCACGCGGCCCUUCUUCUACCAGAAGUACAUAACUUUGGCGGUGAUAAGGCGGGCUAUCUUCUCGCUGUGGGCUGCUGUGCUUGUGUUGGUGUGCUUGCCGUUCUUUGGCUUUGGGCUUUACUUUGAGAAGAGCCAAUCGGCAUGCGUCCGCUACCGUAUGGCCACCCUGCCCAAAGAUGUUGCUUACGCUUAUCUGUUUCUAGCGUUUGGAACGCUGCUGUGCGUGUGCAUUGUAUGCUGCAACCUGGCGGUUAUGAGAGCUCUGUGUCGCACCAACCGAAGCAGCAAGCAGCAGCGUGUCCUGACGCGACGCAUCAGUCGCAACCAGUCGCUCUCCUUCGACGCCUGCACUCGCGAAGAACUCGCCUUCGCCCGCCUCAUGGCCAUUCUCUGCAUCGUCUUCGUGCUCUGCUGGAUGCCGCAAAUGAUCUCAAUUCCAAUGGCGCAGAUGAAUCCCAACUCGUACCUGAGCAAGAUGUUCUUCCGCACGGCUGACAUUCUGAUGGCUCUGCACUUCACGCUCGACCCCUACAUCUAUGUGCUGCAAAAGUGGCCUCUCUUCCGCGCGCUCUGCUUCUCUAAACCAAACAGUCGCAUCAAUUCGCUCAAAACCACCACUCACGACAAUUUGGUCCCUCGCUAGUCAAAUCUACCUCAUUCUAUGUUCAUUUUUCAUUAGUUAUAGUAUGGGCUGUAUGCAUAGUCCAAGUUUAAAGCUUGAAUUGAACUCUGAACUCUGGCGGAUUAAAUGUAAAUGGUGUUUAUAAAUCAAUAUUAGGCUGGCCACUAACGGUUGAACGUGCAUUAUACAUAGUCGACUUACAUUGUUGUGUCAUCACAACUGUGAUCACAGCGAAAAACUUCAAGCAACAUUUUAUGAGGUUAUGCUUUUGUUUUUUCGAUGUUUUUUGUUUGUUUUCUUCGCUACUCCAUUUGAGAUUAAAUGUAUUAUUUGUCUAUCAUUAUAAUUUGCAAUUUUCCAGAGGUUUAUUUACUGUUUAUUUCAAAUUAGAAGUCUUUCACUAAUAACAAAACAUGCAUGAUGAAAAUGGGUGUUUUCAUUAUAAACAUGCACGUUAAUCAUGUGUAUCACGCAUGUUUUACCGUUAGUAGCCUUUUAGUCUUGAAAUACAAAUACAAUUGUUACAUUUGAAAAUUAAUUUUUUGGUUGAGGGAAAAAUUGAAUGCUAAAGUUUUGCUUACCAACAGUGCGUGCAAUAUUUCUGCAUGAAUCCGCCUUAAUUCAUUGAACGUCUCUGUACCUAAGCGCUGCAUAGGUAGAAACCCUAAUUUCAUUUUUUUCUACCAGUUUCAUAAAUUUAUUCUUGGAGAAAAAAUAAUUUCAAAAUUCCGUUCCCUAAGUCACCUGUAUAAGAUUACAAUGGAAAGUAGUAUAAAAUAUCUUUAUCAGCCUCAAUAGAGUAUCAAAAUUUGAUGUAUAGGUCAGUUAACACAAUACAAUACAGCACAAUAAAAAUACGGUUUAUGCAACGCUGCAAUAAAAAGCGACAGUACAUUCGACUCAAAUUUACAUUUCUGUACUGUAAUACAUAAUUUCUUAUUUCUAAAUCAUUUUAAUAUAAUUUUCCCCCAUAUAUUUUUGACAGAAUAGACAGAUUAUUCAAUACAGGAAUAUUGCUGAUACAGUUCUGAACCUACUGUAAUCAAAACGCUUUAUCUCAAUUGAAGCCUAUUCAUAAUUUUAUUUGCGACAUUAGUGGGGACUUUGGAGUCUGUCGUAUCCGCCGGAUCAAAUCUGUUCAGAUAAUAUGGUUUAAACUUUACAGUGCAAAUGGCCCAGAUAGGUGUAGUCAAACUUACCUCAUUUUAUGUUUAUUUUUUAAUUUAUACUAUAUUAAGGUUGUUAAUUCACCUUAUUUUAUUUUUCUGUUUAUAAGUUAUAAGUGUUUUAAUCUCAAUCGUUGCUACUAGUAAAAUAUGUAAUCGUAUGAAUUUGAUGCUGUGGCACAGGCCUAUGAGUGUUCAAGUGAUAAUCGUAUUUUGAUUGUCACUUUUCAUGUGCAAAAUGUAGUUGUGUAUCAUAAUAUACUACAAAGUAUUAAAUUGAAUUAAUAAAAAUAUAUUGUAUCUCAA